AUGACAGCAUACAGCAGACACCAUCAAGAACAUCCCAUCUAUCCAGUGCGCAAACUACUUCGAGGGGAUGAAGAGUUUGUUGGAAAUUCACACUGGGCUUCCAAUUGCGAGGAUUGUCAAGAGGAUGUCAAGAUUGAGCGUGACCCUGUGACACAAUUUCCAUUGUCCUAUCAAUGUGAUAAGAAUCCGCAAUGGGUGACCUCGUCAACCAUGGUGCAGUUUGAUUAUGAGGUGGCUACUGCCAUAAACUCCAAUCAAGACGACAAUGUACUGGCGAUGCAGUGGAGUCUUUUGGAACAAGUGGCUGAGUGGACGGGAUUAUCGAAGCAAUGCAAUUUUGACUACCAGUUUGAAGAUGCUAGCAUGCGGCCUCGGAACGGGAAUCAUCAACGACGGCGAAGCUUGAAUCAGGCUCUAUAUUAUCCAACAACAAUAUAUGGUAUUCGAAGUUUACCAAAGGAUCGUCCGGGUGAAAUAGGUGACUGCAACAGUCUCUCAUAUGACUCAAAGACGAGUGAAUGUUUUCCUGUUACGGCAAUCAUGACGGUGAAAUACCGCGGGGAACCACAAGAUGCCGUCUUUGUUCAGGAAUACAUAAAGUCUGUCAUCAAGGAGCAAAUGGAAACGGGCCCAUCGAAAUUUUUUGUGCAAGAUGUCACCAAUCUGGGGUAUGUUGGGGAACGAAUACAGUUUACCAAGCCAAAUGAUGCUACUAGAAUAAAAGCCAAGCAAACUUUGGGGAUUGCGGCCAUGACUACCAUCGUCUCACUGUCCACGCUGCUUUGCCUUGGAAUUGCCAUCGUAAUGAUGCGAAACAAGAAGGAAAGAACGUCGUCCCCUAGCGUCAAAAUUACGAAUCUUCCGUUUGACCUUGAAGAAUGUAGCACUGAUAGUUUUCCAGGUCGUCGGAAUUCUAGCAGUGAUGAUAAUGACGAAUAUGACGUGCCUUUGACAUUGAUGGCUAGCACGGAAGAAAUGGAACUGCCGCCUGAAAAUGACGCCGGUGAACAUUGGACUUAUUCCCUGGAUGCUAGGGUACAGGAUCUUCCACCUCCGCCAAUCCAGUUGCAAUUGCCACCCAUAGGUCGGCCUUUGAAAGUUCAGCGGAAGAGAAAGGGCAGAGAUUCUCCCAUGAGGAUACGUCGAAGCUCUAGUUUCUCGACAUUGCAGCCCAUUUCAGAAACAAACUCCGAACUCGAUGACGACGAUGACAACGACAGUAACUUCGAACAAAUGCCGGAUGUUAAUCUUUCGUUUGAUGAUGAAAUCAUCAACGAGACGAUUUCCAUUUCAGAUGAUGUUACGGCGGUCCACAAGGACUUCGAAUUCAUCAUGGAUGAAAUCUUUUUUAACAGUUCGAAUGAUAAUGCAAGAACCGGGGACCCAUAG